CCUUAAAAAUAAUUAGCGUAUCAGGUUACAAGGACCAAAAAAAUCUGUGCCGUGCCGAGUUGGCUAAACUGCCACCACUAACGCCGGCCACUCCGCCCACACCACAACCUUCUCAUUUCAACUUACUGAUAUAACACAAGCCCCAAUUUUACAUUCCUUUAGCCUCCUUCCUUCUUUCCAAAUUAUUCGUCCCCUUCUCAUAAACCCUAAUCAAUUUGGGAAGAUUAGUUUACCUAUAUUACGAAUUAUGCAAACCACGUCAGUUAUAUUCAACACAAAGCUCCUUUUGUCUCCGAUUCAUGCCAGUAAUUACUAUUAUAAUGACAAAAAUUCUCGUUAUUCUCCAGUGAUUGCUCAUCAAUGUAAGAAAUCUAGUGUAACUCUGCGUCCUCAUAGACGCCGCUGCAGCCGUCCUUAUCUUAUCAAUCCCCAGAAUACAUGGAGAAGAUCUUCGGAACUUAACGAAUUCUUACCUCAAGCGCGUUCGUUGGAUAGCUGUAGGCAUGUCUCUUGCUUCAGCUCUCAUAAAAGAAAGCAGGCCUGUUUUAGCAGAUUGAACACUGGGGUCUUCCUUGAAAAGUCGACUUUCCAUCUAUCAAGAAAAAAACUUGACAAUGCUAAAGUCCAACAAGUUCACGUUCCAAUGGCUACUGUGGGCCCUGAAGAGCCACAUGCAGCAAGUACAACCUGGCCUGAUGGUGUUGUGGAAAAACAGGGUUUGGAUUUUUUAGAUCCAGAAGUAGAAAGAACAGAAUUUAAGCAGUUUUUGAGCUACGAGCUUCCAUCUCACCCAAAACUUCACAAAGGGCAAUUAAAAAAUGGUCUUCGCUACAUCAUUUUGCCUAACAAAGUCCCUCCAAAUAGGUGUGAAGCUCACAUGGAAGUGCAUGUGGGAUCAAUUGAUGAGGACGAUGAUGAGCAAGGAAUAGCCCAUAUGAUUGAACAUGUAGCAUUCCUUGGGAGUAAGAAACGUGAGAAACUUCUUGGAACUGGUGCACGAUCAAAUGCUUAUACAGAUUUCCAUCAUACUGUGUUUCAUAUUCAUUCACCAACCAGUACAAAGGUUUAUUGCACUUAUUUUCUUCUGCUCCCAUUUCAUUAGUUUUUUCCCCUUUUCAA